AUGUCUUCUAGUAUUUACGAUAAAAUAAUUAAUAAAGAAGGCUCUAGGCCUUAUAAAUGUUGCGAAUAUGCAAGCAAAGUUUCUUUAAACCUUAAUCACUUCAGACGGGAUGGAAGAUUCUGUGACAUAGACCUUAUAUCUGGAAAAACAAUAAUUAGGGCCCAUCGAGUUGUAUUAGCAGCGAGUUGCGAGUAUUUUGAUGCAAUGUUUAAUGAAGGAUUUGAAGAAAGUCAGAAAGGCCGAGUUGUGCUGCCUACUGUACCUCCAGGAAUACUACCCAUGAUUAUUGACUUUAUUUAUACUGGAGAGAUUGCAAUAGAUAAAGCUAGUGUGCAGCACUUACUUAUUGCAGCGGAUAUGUUUCAAUUACGAGAAUUAGUUAGAGGAUGUGGAGAUUUUUUAAAAAGGGAACUACAUCCAUCAAAUGCUCUUGGAAUAUUUAGGUUUGCAGAGACGCACAAUUGCACAGAAUUAGCUGAAGAAGCAUUGGGCCAUGCACAGGCCAAUUGGAAUCUUGUAGCAAAUGGGGAUGAGUUAUUGGAGCUACCUCUGCAACAACUGAUUACCUUAUUAUCAUCAGAGCAGCUUGAAGUCCAUAAUGAAGCUCAGGUUCUCCAUCCAGCAUUGAAAUGGCUUGAACAUGAUCCCGCAACACGCAGAAGGCACACUGUUUUGAAGUUCUCAGACAUGUUAGACUGCCACUUAUAUCACCACAAGUCUUGGAUGAUGUUAUUAAGAAUGUACAAGAUCCAUCCAUAG